AUGCGUAAUCGAUUCCAAACUUGCUCUUUCAAGAACUCAAUUAAUUCACUCUUAUUUAAUAAUCCACUAACUUUAAAUAAGACCAGAUCAUGUGAAUCUUAAUAAUGUGGAUAUGCUAAUAAAAAAAUGUUAUAUGUUUCUACUAUCUUACCCACUUUUCAACCUUAUUAACAUAUCAUAUCAAAACUCAAAGAUCAAAAUAUCAAAUUACAACAAAGAAAACAAAUCAAAAUGAGAAAUAAAAGACAUUUGAUAUAAAAAAAGACCAUCAGUGAAAUUAUGUAAAAAUAAGACUAACAACCAAAAAAAAGAACUAAUAGACAUCAUAAUACUGUAUUUUACAAUCAUUAGGCAAGUCUGCCUAAUCCCCCUAAUAUUUGUUCUAAUGAUACUAGUUAAAAUCCCUCCAAAGAAAAUUCAAGACAUUCUAUAUAAUUGCAUAGGUACAAUUCACUUUCACCUCGAAAACUUUAUCUAGAUAAAAGGACUACUAAACUAUAAACCUUUUCAUAAAGAUUGAAAACAUUUUAUUUACCUAUUACUGCUCCCUUUGAUUGCUUAACAAUUAUGAAGUUAGAAAUGAUAGAAGAUGGUAGAGCAAAGGUUAUUAAACAAUAAGGUUCUCAUGAUGACUUUGAAGUUAACUUAAGAUUAUAUAAAUUUGAAGAUGAAGAUAAGAAUGCUGAUGAUGGUAAAGAUUAACAUAAUAAACUUCCAACUUUACAUUAAGAAGAAGAUGAAGAAGAUGAUUUAAGCAAUGAUGAUAAUCUUGGUAAUUUAAAAUAGAUAACAAGCAAUAAUUAAAAAUAAGCUUAUAAAAAUAUAUUAAAAUUCAAUAGACGUAGUCUCUAAAGUCUUAUUGAUAAAUAAUAAUUGGGAGAAAGUAGAAUCAAAGAAAUAUUGACUACUGGUAAUUAAAUUUUAAUUAAUUUUUUAUAGAAUAUAGUUAAAGAGCUAUAACUGCUAAUUUGUCUCCCAUAAGUAAUUAUAAUCUUGGGUUUUCACCAUUGCCAUCCAUCAAACUCUUGGAUGAAAAAAGAAAAAGACCAAUUCAUAAAUUGCUCCCUUUAGACAUCAAACCUGUUUGUCAAUUUUCAUUUACUAAUCUGAUGCCCAUAUCAAAUAUAUCUCCGUCAACAUAGUCCACAAAAAAUAGCAAUGCCAAAAAGACACUUUCUAGAAAUAUUAUUAAUGUGAAAGGAAAGAAACAUAAAAAAAACAUUACAUUUGGAUAAUUGCUGAUUAAAGUUUGA